CACACAAGUGAACCCCACGAACUACCUAGGAAAUCAAGAAAUCAUUGAUUUCUCUUUUAAAACACACUCGCUCGCUCCCUCACUCUCCUCUCUCAAAACCCCGUUGUUUUUUCUUUCUUGUGCCUUUUGUGGUCCUUUAAUUCCAACUGAAAAUGGCACUACAACCGGAGGAGCAGCAGAAUAGUGUUGAAGAUGCCAAAGAUAUGAUGUUCGUGUGUGAUUCAUCUUUGGAUCAUAAAGGGAGACUUCCUCUUCGAUCUUCUACCGGAACUUGGAAAGCCGCAUUCUUCAUCAUCGCGAUCGAAUUCACUGAGAGACUAAGCUACUUUGCCAUAGCAACAAAUCUCAUCACCUACCUCACAAAAGUGAUCCAUGAAGAUCUCACAACUGCAGCCAAAAAUGUCAACAACUGGGCUGGAGUCACAACCAUCACACCUUUGCUUGGUGCCUUCCUUGCUGAUGCAUAUGCUGGCAGAUUCCUCAUGAUCUUGCUUUCCUCCAUUGUCUAUCUCAUGGGUUUAGGAAUACUCACCAUGUCCCAAUUCAUACCAAGCUUGAAGCCAUCCAAAGGAAAGGUUCAUGAAGUCGUCUUCUUCGCAGGAAUCUACUUACUCUCUCUAGGAUCAGGUGGCCACAAACCCUCAUUAGAAAGCUUUGGAGCUGAUCAGUUUGAUGAUGAUAAUCUUGAAGAACGUAAAGGAAAGAUGUCUUUUUUCAACUGGUGGAAUGCAGCUUUAUGCUCUGGACUUCUUCUAGCAGUAACAGUGUUGGUGUAUCUCCAAGAUAACAUCAGCUGGGGAUUCUCAAACAUCAUUCUUACUAUCACCAUGGCCUUAACCAUCAUCAUAUUCAUUCUUGGGAAGCCAUUUUACCGAUACCGGGCCCCACAAGGCAGCCCAUUAACACCAAUUUUACAAGUUCUUGUUGCAGCAUUUAUCAAGAGAAACCUACCUCACCCUUCCACCCCGGAUUUGUUAUAUGAAGUCCCAAACUCGGGAAGAUCACUAAAUCAUACGAAUAAACUCAGGUUUCUUGAUAAAGCAUGUAUUAUUCAAGAUAACGAGACACCCGAAGCAGCAUCUCAUUGGAAACUAACCACAGUGACAAAAGUUGAAGAGACAAAACUUAUAGUCAACAUGAUUCCGAUUUGGUUGACUACAUUACAGUUUGGUGUGUGUAUUGCACAACCUACAACUUUCUUUGUGAAACAAAGCAGCACAAUGAACCGAAUGAUUGGUAAAAAGUUUGAGAUCCCACCAGCAACCGUUGCCUCUCUUGCUGCCGUUGGAAUGUUGUUGUGUGUUGUAUUCUAUGAGAAAAUCAUGCUUCCGAUUCUGAGGAGGGUGACUGGAAAGGAAAGAGGGAUUACAAUCCUCCAAAGAGUCGGAAUCGGAAUGGUUAUUACCAUUCUAGGUCUGGCUGUUGCAGCAAUUGUGGAGAAACAGAGGCUAAUAGUUGCAGAGAAAGAAAAAGGAGGCAACAAAAGGUUUCUUUCCAUGAGUGUGUUUUGGUUAUCUCCUCAGUUCUUGAUUCUGGGGAUAGCAGAUGGGUUUGCACUUGUGGGUUUACAAGAAUUUUUCUAUGAUCAAGUUCCAGACUCAAUGAGAAGCUUGGGAAUCGCGUUAUAUUUAAGUGUGAUUGGUGUUGGAAGCUUUAUAAGCAGCUUUCUGAUAACUGUUGUGAACCAUGUUACUGAAAAAAACGGGAAAAGUUGGUUUGGAAAAGAUCUGAAUAGCAGUCGUUUGGAUAAGUUUUAUUGGCUGUUGGCAGCCAUGACUGGGUUGAAUUUUGGUGUUUAUGUUAUACUUGCAAAAAGGCAUUCUUACAAGAGUGUGCAGAAAAUGUAAGAAUAUAAGCUCCAAGUGAUAAGUGAUAAAUGAUAAAAUGAUGUAGCUGGAUUUUGUUCUUAUCAUAUUAAUAACAAAUAUUGAGUUAUGUGAAA